AGCUUUCAUGCCUCCCCGACCCCUCCUCCCCAAACUGGACUCCAUAGUUUACGGCCGUCCCAACGAAAGCACUUCUUCUUCGCCGAAUGCGCUCUUAGAUUUCCGGAAGACAUCAAAGAGCCAGACUUUAAGAGCAUAAACAGACAAGAGUAGCGAAGCAAAAGGAGAAGUUUUUUUUCUCCCUUUUCUUGCCCUCAGUUGUUGCCCUGCAGCGGGGCAGGACAGCCGGAGUAGGCCGGGGGGUGCACAAAAAGGCGUCCGUAUGAUGUGGAUCUGGUACCUUCUGCUUGGUUCGGGGUCAGGCUCAAGAAGUGUUGAGAGCCAGCUGCUUCCAGGGAAUAACUUCACCACGGACUGCAACAUCCCCGGAAUCUUCAUGUGUGGCGAUGGCAAGUGUGUCCCGGGCGGGCGGCAGUGUAAUGGACUGCCCGACUGCUUUGACAAAAGUGACGAGAAAGGCUGUCCUAAGGUCAAGUCAAAGUGUUCUCCUACGUUCUUCGCCUGCGCUAACGGUGUCCACUGCAUCAUUGGACGCUUCCGCUGCAACGGCUUCAGUGAUUGUCCUGAUGGGAGUGACGAGGAAAACUGCACGGAGAACCCCUCGGUGUGCUCGGAGGCUCGCUUUAAGUGUCGAAAUGGCCGUUGUGUGGACCGCAGCUUCUUGUGUAAUGGACAGGACAACUGUCAGGACAACAGUGACGAGGAGAUUUGCUUGACUACAGCAGAAGCUCCUGGCCAGGACUUUGUGACACUGGACUAUCGCCUGCGUUACUACCCUAGCAUCACCUACGCCGUCAUCGGCAGCACCGUCAUCUUUGUCCUUGUGGUAGCCUUGCUGGCUUUGGUUCUCCAUCACCAGAGAAAACGCAGCGUCCUGCUGCCCAGAGGCGUACGAGGAAGUUCACAUACCCACCACCAUCACCAGCCCCUGCUGCUGUCCCGUCUGGUCAUCUUGGACCGAGGCCACUUACAUACUGCAGGUCCGGCACUCUCCCCUGGCUCACCCACCACAGCCGGUCAAUACAGCUCAACACCUCGAGCUCUGCAGCUACUGUCUGGGACCCUGUAUCCCUCAGCACCUUCCAUGGAUUCCCCUCCAUCAUACUCACAAGCUGUUCUAGAUGUCAGUCGACCUCCUUGGUUUGACCUCCCUCCGCCCCCUUACCUCCAAGAUGGAGAGCUUGCUUCAGAAGGCGAGCUUCCUCAAUAUGAGGCCCCACAGGACCCCGUGAGCCACCCCGCGGCUCAUCCCUGCACCUCAACACCCAGAACUGUGGCCACAGGCACGCGGCCGAGCAAUUGCUCCGGAGAGGGGUCGGCCCAGCUGUAGCUACUUUAGUGGAGACUGAUAGACCUUAAAGACUGCAGGACUCAAGGACCAGGCUGCAGGGCAGCAUGAUGCCAGGACAGUCCACAGCAAAGACCCGCUUGAGGUGAUUCAACAAGGACUGACAGGCUGAACAGUGACCUCAGCUUGUUGCUGACAUAUCACUGAAGAACAGCUCUCCCUGGUGGACUGAGCUUGUGUGUUGGCGCCCCCUGCUGGGAUCACAGCUGUACUAGUUUGGUUGAAUUCUCCCCCUGAAGAAUUACUGUGUAUAUUACCUACCAGUGACCACAAACUGUAUCUCUAAAGUAGGAGCUAUUUCAUCAACAUAUUCAUUAACAUGUAAUGUUGUGUGUCAGCGGUGAUAUUUGUCUUUGUGCGUUACUUUUCUGCAGCACUUGGAGAGCGAAGUCAGAGUCGUGCAGCACUUUGCGACACUCCCCUCUCAAUUUUAGAUUUCGUGUCUACAACGUCUGACUUUUAUUUUCACUUCAACUGCAAAAUACUCUAAUAAUAGAUCAAAUCUAUCCUGCUGAGAAGAUUUCAGAGACGUAACAGAAUCCCAUGGAGCUGUGGGAAACGGGAGAGGCUCAGCGAGAGAGAGUUUUUAUCCGAUUGAAGUGCUGAUGUGAAACAUGAACUAAUAAUAUGGCUAGUGAUAAAUAUUAACAGUUUCAGAUUCUUUAAUAGGAUUUUAUAGAUAUUUGUUAAAGAUGAGUGGAAGUUGUUUCUUUCCUUUCAGUAUUUGUUCGUUCACUGUUUCUUGUCAUUUGGUUAAAUUCCAGCUGAAAAUGUGAAGAGGACCAGAGUUAGAAAUUAUAUAGAUUAUAUAAGUUAUAUAGUUAGAAGAGCAGAAGUUAUGUAAGUAUUAAGUUUUAUAAAUAAUUCCUCUAAGCAAAAGAACCACCCUGCUGGUAAUGCAUUUAUAUCUGAAGGCCUGUAAGUAUUUUAUGUAAACACAAAGAAAUAGAAAAUACAAAGAAUUGUGUUGAGGCCUUAUUUUAUGCUAGUGCCUUCUUUGUUUGUGGUAUUCAACAAUAAGCUGUCAGGCAACCUUUUAAGAACACGCAGUCUUCCAAAAUGUAAUGAAUUUAUAUAACUUUGUGAUUCAGAAAAUUCAUCCUCAAUAGUAUUAAAGUCACGAAAUUCAUAUCCGAAGGUUCUUUUAUUCAUUUUAAAGCGGUUUGUUUAACACUGUGCACACGCACACACACACACACGUAUGUGUAAAAAAAUAGAGAAAGUUAUCUAUUUUAAGUAGAAGGCAACUUGGAGUUUAAAAGUGGGAGAUGAAUGUGUAACAGUGAAAUUAAGUUUUUAGUUCUCGCCUAAAGGCAGCGGUGAUGAUGCAGGUGCAAAAAUAAAAAACAAUCAAACCAAAGAUAGUCAUUAUAUAAACCUAUUUUCCUCCAAAGGAACAUUUAUUAUGCCUGUAACUUUAUUAUAUCAGAACAUGCAAAGGUUUAUUGGGUAAAGCAGAAUUCAUGUUAUUGCUGUAAAACUGGAAAAUGGUUCUCAGGACAGAUUGUACCAGUUCGACGAUUCAGUUUAUAUCUCAGUUUCUCGUUUUAUUUCUCGUUUGUUCUCAUACAUAUUUGUGAAGUGGACCGUGAUGAUCUUUUUACCCUUUGUAUUCUGUACAUUGGAAAUAAUAUAAAUAUUUCUGACUCA